UCUGCGCAGUGUCCGUUCUGGUUUAAGUUAGCUGCGUCGCUAGGAUACAAGCUAAUGGGGGUGUGAUAUGCAGUAAGCGUAGUCUACCUGGUGAAAGUAUACAGGAGUGUGCGAACGCUGCUUCUCACUGCUUUCUGUCCAACAAUGGGACUUGGAGAACUGCAUCAUCCUGGGUGCCUAUCGAAUGAAAUGUGUAAUCAGUUGAGCUCAUGAUCGGUCCAGACAGGAUUAGGUUGCAGGCUGACCAGCUAAUGACUGUUGUCGCUAAUUUGCUGAACUGUGACUUCUAGCCGUUCGUUCGCUUGGCUAUGUAACGUCAGUCGCUGAUGGAUCAAUACAGCAUUUUGGGUAGGAUCGGGGAAGGGGCCCAUGGCAUCGUUUUUAAAGCCAAACAUAUCGAGACAGGAGAGACUGUGGCCCUGAAGAAAGUGGCCCUCAGAAAGCUGGAGGAUGGCAUCCCGAACCAGGCCUUGAGAGAGAUUAAGGCCCUACAAGAGAUAGAAGACAACCAGUAUGUGGUGAAACUGAAGAAUGUCUUCCCCCACGGUACCGGCUUCGUGCUGGUGUUCGAGUACAUGCUGUCUGACCUGUCCGAGGUCAUCCGCAACUCCCAGCGUCCCCUCACCGAGUCCCAGGUCAAAGGUUACAUGAUGAUGCUGCUGAAGGGGGUGGCCUUCUGCCACGAGAACUCCAUCAUGCACCGGGACCUGAAACCAGCCAACCUUCUCAUCAGCUCCACCGGUCACUUGAAGAUCGCGGACUUCGGCCUGGCCAGGCUGUUCUCCAACGAGGGCCAGCGGCUCUACAGUCACCAGGUGGCCACCAGGUGGUAUCGAGCACCAGAACUCCUGUAUGGGGCCAGAAAGUACGAUGAAGGUGUUGAUCUCUGGGCAGUGGGGUGUAUUUUUGGGGAACUUUUGAAUAAUUCCCCGCUCUUCCCCGGGGAGAACGACAUUGAGCAGCUGUGCUGUGUCCUGAGGGUCCUGGGGACGCCCAACCAGCACGUGUGGCCGGAGAUCACAGAGCUGCCGGAUUACAAUAAGAUCACCUUUAAGGAGAACCCCCCCAUCCCGCUGGAGGAGAUUGUUCCGGACACCUCCGCGCAGGCCGUGGACCUGCUGAAGAAGUUCCUGGUGUACCCCUCCAAACAGCGGAUCAGAGCAAGUCAGGCUCUGCUGCACCCGUACUUCUUCACGGACCCCCUGCCGGCCCAUCACUCUGAGCUCCCCAUCCCUCAGCGCGGGGGAAAACGCUCCCACCAGCGGCUGCAGCCCCCCUACGAAUUCUCAGUGGACCGGCCCCUGCACGAGAGCUUGGUGGAUCCCGGACUGAUCCAAGGGCACGCGUGGGGGUGUUUCUGACAGGCGUCCGUGUUCAUCCACAGCAAAUAUGCGUUUUAGUUGUUCUUGGGUGAUAUGGAAACACACAGUAGUCAUUUUACGUAAUUCUAUCUUACUGUUUUGAAGCCUGAAUAUUCUAAAUCACUGCACUACGUUUUUUUUUCAGGAUUUAAACAUUCCGUGAAAGACAAAACCCUCAGUUCCUAAAAAUGUGUAAUUAUGUUUCUCCUGGUCGUAUGUAAUACCAGAUCUUCCGUUUGUGUUAUUGAUGAUUUUUCUCUUAAAUGGCUUGACGCUCUAAUUUGUGCAGUUGAUCUAGAUUUUUUCUUGGAUAUAUAUUUGAGUUAGUCUUGUAAAAACCAAACACAAACAAACAAAAAAAAAAAAAGACCAAUAAGGAAUGUUGCUUUCCAGGAAAUGAUUUGGGCAUGCCUGGCUGUUUGUCAGAAUCCAGCGGUGAUGGCUGAUUCUUGCGCGGUUAUAUCAACGAUCGCCUCCACUCCGAUCCCUGGAUUGCUGUGGUCUUUGCAUCCCUGAGCAGAUAACCGUUUUUUUUUUUUUUUUUCCUUUAGAGACGCGCGACGCGCUGAUAAGCUCGCCGUGGUCUGCCCAGCGAGAGUCGCGGAGCUGGGUAGGCCGACCGCGCGGCUGGCUCUGCUCGUUUCGACCGCGGUCGCGAGGCUGCUCUGUGAGGAGGGCGACAGUGACUCCCUCAGGGCGUGUCUCUGUCUGUUAAGGGCGUGGGCGCAGAAACAGUCGUGCCCAGUAAAAAUUAAAAAAGAAAACUUAAAGUCUGUCGAAUUUAAAUUCUUUGUGUAUUUGUGUUGUUUGAUUCCCAGUGCUGCAUGUGAAGUGUUUAGUUUAUUGUGAAAGCUGAGAAUUCGCGUGCGCUCUGAAUCUUGCUGUGUUCUUUCCUCACUCUCGAACCUCUCUUGGCGGUUGUGGUUUUGAGGUCAUUGAUCAAGCUUU